AUGAAGCAGUCAUGGGUUGCUUGUGAGCAUGACAAAAACAGAAGUAGAUGUGGAACUUAUCAUAAGCAUUUUAAUGUUGAGAAUUUAGACUUGUGCAUGCAAAUAUUUCUGACAUUGAAUGAUGCUGUUCAAGCCACUGUUUAUAGAAGACUCUUUCCUAUGUUGUCUGUGUUAAGGGCUACUAAAUUUCCUUGCCAUGCUGUGCUGUACAUGAUGGGGUCAUUACUGUGUACCCUGUCACUGCUGAGAUACUUAGCCAAUUACUGUGAUCUUUGCAAGAGAUUUCAUCCAGAGAAUAGUGAGCACAAGACAACCCAAUUCAUGCAGUCUGCAGAACUCUACAAAAGUGGUCCACUUCUUGCCAUGCCCUAUGCAAUCAUACAGUACCUUCAGGCAUCAAUAUAUGGAGGAUAA